AGGGAACGACGUCGGGCCUGAUAUCAGGCCUAAUAAAGUGUGGAUGUAAUUGGCCCUGUAGGCCCCCAAAACGUAGGCCUCCAGCAAACGUAGUGAUUAUAUACUCUUUGCCUCCAGCAGCUAAACGUUUACAAAAUUUGAAAGCGCCCGACGUCCGACUCGACAAAUGCUGUCAUGGCUCCUCUACAUGAUGGCCCAGCGUAGGCCAGUCCUAGGGACGCAUUUAUGCGUUAGAGGGAGCAAGUGAUAUUGCUAUCUCAUUUCACCGCAUAGCUGCGUCCCUUGGACUGGCCUACGCUGGGCCAUCGUGUAGAGGAGCCCUUUAAUUAAGUGUCAAUUUGACGUUUGACGUUCUGGUCAGACGUUACAAUAAUAUUACUAUACUUACUUGUUGUAUUUCUAUUAUUCUCGUAUUAUUACUAUCCGCAACAAUUUAGAAGUAAAUAAAACAACAAAAUACCCAAGUAUUUUAAUUAAAUUUCUCACAACCAUACGCAAGUCGUUAUAAUUGAAACAACAGCACUUAGAGGUUAUGUUUGUAAGUUUGUGAUCAAAACAAACAUUCUACGAUGGUUUGUGAGAAAUGCGAGAAGAAAUUGGGACGUGUGAUCACACCAGACCCGUGGAAGACUGGGGCAAGGAACACUACGGAGUCCGGCGGUAGGAAGGUGGGAGAAAACAAAGCUUUAACGGCUACAAAAGGACGCUAUAACCCGUACACUUCGAAGUUCCAAGAAUGCAAGAUCUGCCGUACAAAAGUGCACCAAGUGGGCUCACAUUACUGCCAGGCGUGUGCAUACAAGAAGGGCAUCUGUGCUAUGUGUGGGAAGAAAAUUCUGGACACUAAGAACUACCGGCAGAGCUCUACAUAGUGUCAAAUAUGGUUUAGUUUUAAGUUAAAUAAUUAUUUUAAUGUGAGUUGUUAAAGAUAAAACAGUUUUAAAAGGCACUUAUAUAAACCUAUGCCCACCUAUGCCACGAAUAAUGCUACCAUAGCUUUCGCGUGGAAACCGCCGGACAGAAGCAGUGGCCCCGGGUGUCCUGUACACUCUUGGCAACGGUCCGUCCUAAGAGAGCUAUGAGCAGUCGGGUUAAGCUGGAACGAGGCCAGAAGGCGAGCUGAAGAUAGGAAGGCGUGGCGCGAGCUUGUGGAGGCCCUUUGCACCUCUGGGGUGCUUUAGGACAACAACAACAACAACAUGCCCACCUCUAAAGUAAUUUUAUAGCUACAAUGCACACAAACACAGUAGACUUUUGUUUUGUUUGUGUGUGUCUAUAAGAUUGCUUUAGAUAUGAGUUUGGCUUAGGCGAGAGCUUCAAGGGAGGCGCAUUUUAAAAAUGGUUUACAUCUACAAUACUCUAGACAAAGUAUUAAGACUAAUAGCUGAUGUAUGUAAAAAUUACAUUUAUAAGUAUGUAUGUACAUUGACAUUAAUGACAUUAGUAGACCUGUAACAGCCGUAACCCACUCAGUUGUAACAUUUAUGUGAAUAUGCAACUGAUGUAUGAAAUAGUCGGCAUAUAGGGCAAAGAGACUAGGAAUACUAAUGUACUUACUUAAAACAAUACAUUACGAUACAAGUGCGAAAAUUGUACAUUAAUUAUUUAAUAUACAGGAAAUUUUGAGAAA